AUGUCGUAUAAUGCUAAAAUCGGGCCGUCUAUCCUGAGCAGCGACCUGUCACGUCUGGGCAGCGAAUGUGUGCGGAUGAUAGAGUGCGGGGCUGACUAUUUGCACCUCGACGUCAUGGACGGUCAUUUUGUCCCCAACAUCACAUUUGGGCACCCCAUGGUGGAAUGUCUCCGAAAGUCACUUGGCAAAGACCCUUUCUUUGACAUGCACAUGAUGGUGUCCAAGCCUGAACAGUGGGUGAAGCCCAUGGCAGCAGCUGGAGCCAACCAAUACACCUUUCACCUAGAGGCCACUAGCAACCCCGGGAACCUCAUCAAGGAGAUCCGACAGAGUGGCAUGAAGGUAGGUGUGGCCAUAAAACCUGGUACAACCGUUGAAAUGCUCGCCCCGUGGGCCAACCAGAUCGACAUGGCUCUGGUCAUGACCGUCGAACCCGGUUUCGGAGGACAGAAGUUCAUGGAGGACAUGAUGCCAAAGGUGAGAGAUCUGAGGCGUGACUUCCCCUCGCUGGACAUUGAGGUGGACGGCGGCGUUGGACCCGACACCAUCUACAAGUGCGCAGAGGCCGGCGCCAACAUGAUUGUGUCGGGUAGCGCCGUCAUCGGCAGUGACGACCCUCGCAGCGUCAUCACCUUGCUUCGUGACGCUGUGGUGGAAGCUAUCCAGAAACGCUCACUGGACCGCUGA